AUGAGUUUCGACGGUGGCUGUUCGGGGUCAGGGUCCGAGUUCUCCGGUGGCUGGUCUGUCGUAUCCGGUGGCUGGUCUGUCGUAUCCGGUGGCUGGUCCGUCGUAUCCGGUGACCCCGAGGAAACAUCCGGCGGAUUCUCCGGCAUCUCCGGCGGCGGCAGGGAAUCAGCCGGUGUGGUAAAAGAGGGUGGGUUAUCUGGCAUCACCGGCGUUUCCGGCAGGGUAAAAGUAGGUGGCACCUCUGCGGCCAACGGUGGUGGAAACAAACCACUAUCAGGUGUCUGCGGCAUAGGGGAAAACGGUGGGGUUGACAGAAAAGGCCCGGGUAGAAGUGGAGGGGGUAAAGAAGGGUCUGGAAAAUUUGGAUCGUUGAAAAAAGGUGGCGAAGUUGUGAUCGGAACAAGUGGGGGUGCUGGUGUGGGAUCAAAGAAGAAGGGGUCCGGAGGUGAUAGCCAUGGGUAUGUUGGCAUCGGAGGUGGAAUUACCAAUGGCGGUAAGGUAGGAGCAGGUGGCGGUGGUGAUGGAACUAACGGCGGCGCCGGCGGAAGAGGUGGAAGAGGUGGAAGUGGUGGAAGAGGACAGCAGGGUGGUGGUAAUGGGCAGCAGGGUUUAACCGGCGGCGGUGAACACGCCGGUGGAGGAGGGGACGGUGGUGGUGGGGAAGGCGGUGGCGGUGAAGGGGGUGGUGGGGACGGCGGAGGCGGUGAAGGGGGUGGUGGGGAUGGCGGAGGCGGUGAAGGAUAA